GUCCGGCCCCAAAUAAAGCCAAUCGUGUGAACGCACCAUGCUAUUUGUGCUUGGCAGAUCUGUGAUCAGUUGGAGGGCCAUUGGUGGUUUGUGCAGAGCUACAGGCACAAUGGCAGAAGCUCUGGCUAAAAUUCCCGAUGUUGAGAUUGAUCCGGACGGAACCUUUAAAUACAUACUGCUCAGAGUGAAAGUGAAAGAUGGCGAUGCACAGAAAGACGUAGUACGAGGCACUAAAAGUGCGGAGUACCACAAUCACAUAUUUGAGAAGGUCAAUCCAGCUCUGGAGGCCUUAGGGAUGGAGUGUAAAUGCCUUGGAGGAGGGAAGAUAGAGCACAACAAGGAGGACAGGAAGAUCAGGGUGUUUGGAGAAUCAACUGCCUUUGGGAAGGCAGACCACUCUGUGUCUGUGGAGAAGCUGAAAACUGUCUUCAGUGACUAUGAGGUCACAUGGUCUGAUGAUAAAAAAUAAGAGCCUUCUUCUCGUUUACAAAUGGCUGCCUUUAUUUAUGAAACCAAACUUGUUUUGCUAUCCAAUAAUUGAAAUUUAGCAUUAAAGUCUUGGCUCUGAGUGGAAACCAUAUUUGUAUAAAACUCUUCACAUGUUUUGAAGGCCAA